AUGGUUUCUCCACCGGACACAAGCAAAACAUCUAGACUUGAACGCUACCACAGCUACAUAAGGAGAAUGAACAGUACAAAGCUUUUAGCAGCCUCUUCAAAGCUCCUCUUCCGGACCACUCUCUUAGUAGCUCUGGUCUUAAUCUUCUUCUUCACCCUAAACUACCACCCACAUCCAGACAACCCCCACCACCACCUGCACACCAGCCACAACCUCCUCUCCUCAGCCUUCUACGGCAGCGGAGCCGCCUGGGAGAAACAAGUCCGCCGCUCCGCCACCCCUCACCGCCCCCACGGAUUCUCUGUCCUAGUAACAGGAGCCGCCGGUUUCGUCGGGACCCAUUGCUCCUUAGCUUUAAAAAAACGCGGCGACGGCGUUCUUGGGCUCGACAACUUCAACUCCUACUACGACCCUUCUCUCAAACGCGCCCGCCAAAACGUUUUGCAAAAACAUGAGAUUUUCGUUGUCGAUGGUGAUAUAAACGACGCCGAAUUGCUCACAAAACUGUUUGAUAUUGUCCCCUUCAGCCAUGUUCUACACAUGGCGGCGCAAGCUGGUGUUCGUUACGCUAUGGAGAAUCCUCAGUCUUACGUUAGUUCCAACAUUGCCGGGUUCGUCAAUCUCCUCGAAGUUUCGAAAAAUGCUGACCCACAACCGGCCAUUGUCUGGGCUUCUUCAAGCUCUGUCUAUGGCUUGAACACAAAGGUACCAUUCUCUGAGUCUCACAGAACUGAUCAACCUGCGAGUCUCUACGCUGCAACCAAGAAAGCUGGUGAAGAAAUAGCUCACACUUAUAAUCACAUCUAUGGACUUUCUCUCACUGGCCUUAGGUUCUUCACUGUUUAUGGACCUUGGGGAAGACCAGACAUGGCGUAUUUCUUCUUCACACGGGACAUACUUCAAGGAAAACCCAUAGAUAUCUACAAGACUCAGGAAGAUAAAGAAGUGGCGCGUGACUUCACGUACAUUGACGAUGUGGUUAAGGGAUGUCUCGGAGCUCUUGACACAGCACAGAAGAGCACAGGGAGUGGUGGCCGGAAAAGAGCUCCGGCGCAGCUGAGAGUGUAUAAUUUGGGUAACACAUCGCCGGUGUCGGUGGGGAAUCUGGUGGGGAUAUUGGAGAGCUUAUUGAAUGUGAAGGCGCAGAAGCAUGUGGUGAGAAUGCCACGAAACGGCGACGUUCCGUUUACUCAUGCUAAUGUUAACCUGGCUUUCAAGGACUUUGGGUACAAGCCCACUACCGACUUAGCCACUGGUUUGAGAAAGUUUGUCAAAUGGUAUGUUCGUUAUUAUGGUAUACAAUCAGGGGUAAACAAGGAAAUUGGCAACAGCACUCAGCAUCUUGGUGCUUCAGCAUAA